AUGGCUCGUCUACUCUCCUUCUCUCUUUUCGCUCUCGCCGUCCUCGUCGUCUCAGCAGCUUCUUCUGCACCAGCACCUGUCACAGGUAAUUCACCUGCUGUAGCACCAGCAGGUGAGUCACGUGCUACAUCUUUCGUAAGAAAAACCUGUGACGACGCAACCUACAUUAGCCUAUGUUUAGACACCCUCCUCCCUAACGCGGCCCGCAUCAACCUCCACCCGAAAAAAGCCGCCCGUCUCGCCAUCAUGGCCACCAUAUCCGGUGUCCAAACCGCCGCCAGCAAACUCCAAAACCAAUCCAAAAAACCCAAGCUCCGGGCCCACGAAGUCGCCGCCUUGAACGAAUGCACCACGAUGGUCAUGGACUCGGUCCUCGGGUUGAACCAAGCGUUGGAAGAAACCCAACACUUGGGUGGUGGAAGUAAGAGUGAUAAGCAAGCCAAGAGGGUUAGCAUGGAGGAGCACGUGAGCAAUGUGGUUGAUGCUGCUAACACGUGCGUGAAUAAUAUGCAUGUUGUAAAUGCUAGAGAUGUGUUGUUAAUCAGAGUUGAGGAUGUUUUGGAACCACUUGUUGAGCUUGCUACAAACGCUGUUGAUCUCAUUCAUCGCAUGCAAUUUUAA